GAAAGAAAUCAAGGGUGGCACAAAGACAAUCAAAAUCAAGGGUGGGUGACCAGAUUAAACAAAAGCUGUACCAGAUUGAUCAAAAGAAAGACAAUGCCGCGCUCAUCGAAGAGGAAGUAUGAGCGUUCCUGCUCGUGUAAAGCAGGCGCAGUUGCUUUGACCAGCAGUAGUACUAUUAAGGCAAUGAGGACGACCUCAGAGAAAGCAUCCUGCCCUUUUUUUUUGGUGGAUCCAAUCGUAUCUAUCCUAAGCACGUAGCCCCUUUACUUCAAGAAUAGGCACAUCAGUCAAUCAAUCCAUCAAGCACUUCCUUAGACCAUCAAAUCCCCUGAGCUCCUUUUUCUCGUAGGGAGAAAAAUAGAAGCACGCAUCAAAGGAUGCUGUUAGAUCAUCAUUCCUGGGCCUUGGCUUCUUUUUCAAGCGGAAAAUGAAGGCACCGCCUGCGUCGUCUCAGGAUAUUUACCUCACGUCUCAGCCCUCCAAUGAUGCCAUUACAUCGCCCAACACCACAGUGAUUAUAGAGGCUGCGCCGAACAUCAUGCUAAUAGAGUCUCAGUCCAUAGGAGUUACGCAAAGCGCAUCGCGUUAAUUGAAUCAACACAGUGAUUUCUCUCUCUCAAGAGAAGAUAAAUGCUUCUAAUACUGCUGUUUCGCUGGUAGGGCAGACUGUGGUGGUCUCAGGCAAGGAAAAUCUUCGUGGUUCCGCGUCAUUUUGCCAGUCCGCAUCCUGUGGAAAGUCUGCGGAUGCGACUACUUUAAGGCAAAGCUCUCUGCACGGAUACAGAAUAUCUUUUGUUUUUAAAGGAGCUCCACGCGAAGGGCCCAUCACCUAACCUAACUGACCCCAACAAAAGGAGAGUCGUUUCUUGAAUUCGAAGGCUUACGGGCUUGCUCCUUUCAGUUGUACCUCAUCACAAGGAAACUGGGACUGAAAGUAGAGUCCCUAAUUAAGAAAGAAAUGAUAUGACAGAUGAACGAUGAACAGAGGAGAUGGGGCAGAACCAGCUAGAUCAGCUGGCAGAAAUCUUCAGGGAAAUCGUUGGCAGGCUGCCGAAUGACGGGUCCUCGUUAGCAAGGCAGCGAACUCUUUAACUAUAUAUGUACCAGGGAGGGAGCCACCCCCCUGUGGCUGGAGCGGUGGUGGCGUCGGCGCGCCCUUUUUUCCGCGGUGGUGACGUGCAGGGAUUUCCGGGGGGGAAGGCCUCAAAAGGCGGGCCGGAGUCCCCUGGCGGCUCUCCGUGUGCACCCCACAGGCGUCCCGGCUCUUGGACCCUAUUAGGGGGACGGCCGUCGGGGGUAGAAGGCCCCCGAAGGCGGCCACGGUCGCGAGGCCUGGCCCCAUUGGCCCUCACCCCCCCAAUUGGUGACCCGGGGGGCUGAGGACCAAAGGCGAGGAGGAUUCGGGACAAGGCGUGCCCGCCUGGGUUCCGUCGGAUACAUGCAGCACGGCGAAAGGGGUCAAGCCUUGCAGCCUGCUGCCCUCGCACGCCUUCCGCCCCCCAAGGGGCUCCCCCGGUGAGGGACCCGCAUGCGGGAGGCCUGUAGGGUACACGCAACACGGCAAGGGGGUCAGGCCCUGCCACCUUUGCCGCCUUCGGAAGCCUUCCGCCCCCGGUCGCCGGAGCUUGAACGGCCUCGGGGGUUUGGCUUCUGUAGGGUACACGCAAGAAGCCGCGAGGGCGCGAGGGGAGGCGCUUGGAGGCUUUCCCGCUCGGCAGUCCCUCGAGAAAAAGGGGCCGGGGCUGGAGGCCCCCCGACUCAAAAACUUGGAUCGGGGGGGCAUGUUCGUGUAGUGAAGCUGGCUUUGGUUUUUAUUGAUGGCUCUUUGUUUUGCCUAGGCGCUUCUAGGUACCACUUUUAUUGAAGGGCGGCGCCGUGCAUUGAGUUACAGCAUCAAGAACUAUCGUCGUAUUCUUGCUGCUUUACGAAGAAGCGCUGCGGCUUUCUACUCGUGAUACAAAGAUAGCUGCAUCUACUCUAGGGUUGUAGUUAGUACUGAUAUUGCGAAUCUCACCUGAAAUCAUGCAGUACUCUACUUUUGUCGACCAAUACCAUUGCUAGCUCAUCUUCUGUAUAUAUGACACUUUCCUAGACACUUUCCUAGUCCAUUGCCAUUUCUUCUGCUCUAAGAGACACGGAAAGCACACCAGCUGCACAAGAAAGGCCGUUAAGCGGUGCGCCGGGAGUAGGGUCCGCAAGCACCGGUAGCGGCGCGCAAGGUCAGGCAGAUGAGAGGG